GACGUCUUCUCACGCUACGGAAGCCUGGAACAGACAAUUCAUCCUGCCAGCCGCCAGCACUCCAGUUGGUCAGGUAUCGUGGUAGUUUUCAGCAGAUUGUGUGGGACAUGUAGUUAUAACUAAGGUUUGUACUCACUCUGCUGUCAUCAUGUUUAUCAUUUUUUAUAGCGUAAUAGCGUUUCUGCCUUUGUUAGCCACGUUGAAGAGCUAGAAAAGGUUUAUUUUCAGCCAAACGGCUAAGCUAAUAUUCUUUAUUAUAAACUCGCAUCAAAUCUCCUCUUUUGUUUACACCAGAUUGACUGAAUUUGACACCAAACACAGUUUUGUAGGAAAAUACACCUUAAACCUUUCAUUAAAAUAUAUUCCUGUGGGGAAUUAUAUUUUAGAUAACCAUGCUUGCACAUCAUACUGUCAAAAUUGUGAUUUUUACGCGUAUGAACCAUAGAGGAAAAAUAUAUUGACAUGUAUUGUGGUUUAAGUGAUAGAAAGAUACAUAAAACUUGAUUUCUUUGUCAAUAUUUUUGGAAAAUCAGGGAGAGCUGUAAUUAUGUUGAUAUCUAAUACAAAUACUCAAUACACCUUGAUGAACAACUCAUGUGCAUAUCACUAAUCUAUCAGCUUAGCGAGUAGACACUCUGAAAUGAAGGACUGGUUUGUUAUCAUGUUGUAUGAUAUUCUGUAUUUGACUUAAGGUCCCUUUUCUGCUUUGGAGGAUUGCUGUGUAAAGACAAACUCUCCUGAUGACUGCAGGGAUGGCUCUGGAGCAGCUCAGUGAUGUGGUCCAGAAAUGUGUAAGUCCUGCAAAUACACACUCAAUACAGUGGAUAUAAAAAGUCUACACACCCCUGCUUAACUGCCAGGUUUUUGUCAUGUAAAAAAAAUAAAUCAAGAUAAAUAAUUUCAAAGAUAUCAGUCAGGUGAGGGCUACAAAAGAAUUUCCAAGGAAUUAAAUAUACCAUGGAACACAGUAAAGACCGUCAUCAUCAAGUGGAGAAAAUAUGACACAACGGUGACAUUACAAAGAACAGGACGUCCGUCCAAAAUUGAUGAUAAGACAAGAAGAAAACUGGUCUGUGAGGCUACCAAGAGGCCGACAGCAACACUGAAGGAGCUGCAGUAACAACAAUCUCCUGCUGUCUUCAUAUGUCUGGGCUAUGGGGUAAGGUGGCAAGACGGAAGCCUUAUCUUACAAGGAAAACAUCAGAGCCCAGCUUAAUUUUGCAAAAAGACAUCUAAAAUAUCCCAAACGCAUGUGGGGAAAUGUGUUAUGGUCUGAUGAAACCAAAGUUGAACUUUUUGGGCAUCACUGCAAAAGGUAUAUUUGGCGCAAAAUCAACACUGCUCAUCACCAAAAGAACACCAUACCCACAGUGAAGCAUGGUCGUGGCAGCAUCAUGCUUUGGGGCUGUUUUUCUUCAGCUGCAACUGGUGCCUUAGUCAGGGUGGAGGGGAUUAUGAACAGUUCCAAAUACCAGUCAGUGUUGGCACAAAACCUUCAGCCUUCUGCUAGAAAGCUGGAGAUGAAGAGGAACUUCAUCUUUCAGCACAACAAUGACCCAAAGCACACAUCUAAAUCAACAAAAGAAUAGCUUCACCAGAAUAAGACUGAGGCUUUGGAAUGGCCCAGCCAGAGUCCAGACCUGAAUCCCAUCGAACAUUUGUGGGGUGAUCUGAAGAGGGCUGUGCACAGGAGAUGCCCUCGCAAUCUGUCAGAUUUUGAGCAGUUUUGCAAAGAAGAGUGGGCAAAUAUUGCCACAUCAAGAUGUGCCAUGCUGAUAGACUCCUACCCAAAAAGACUGAGUGCUGUAAUAAAAGCCAAAGGUGCUGCAACAAAGUUUUAGUUGAAGGGUGUGCAUAUUUAUGCAACCAGGUUAUUUAAACUUUUCAAUGUUUUAUUUUUCCCCUUAAAGGUUUCAGUUUGUUUUUCAAUUGCAUUGUACAGGUUAUAGGUCACAUUAAAGGUGGAAAAAUGUGAAAAUAUUUAUCUUGCUGUGAUUUUCUUACAUCAUGAAAACCUGGCAGUUGAACAGGGGUGUGUAGACUUUUUAUAUCCACUGUACAUGCAUCCACACAUGCAUCCAUAAGAAUAUGAACUAUUUCAUGGUAAGAAAUUUUGGCCCUUUUUUAAAGGCAGAUCUGUUUUGUACUUAAUACUGAGUGCUUCUUUUGGUUACCAUUAACACUCAUGCAUCACUGAAAAAAGUGCUCCUGUGUUGUAAGUAGUGGUCAACUGAUAUCACUUUUUCUAUUGCUCAUGCCGAGACUGAUAAUGAAAGAGCAGGUCAACUGACAACUGCUAAUUAAUCUUGUAGUUGUUGUGAUUUUUACCUGCAUUUAACAAACAAAUGAGAAAAAAAAUCAAAACUCGGGUGAAUAUUUUAUGAGAAUAAUCAAAAAGAGAAAAUAUUUGGUGCUGUAAAAUACCACCAUGGACUUUGGGAUUUCUGUCCAGCCAUCUGAAAACCUUUUAAAUAGCAAAAAAUACAAGGUAAAUAUUUUUGUAAUUAAAAUUUCAAAAUAAAGUCAUGUAGAAAUCCAUAUUUCAAUGCACAUUAAAAUCUGAGAUAAGUGGUUUUCUUAGCGAGCAACAUGUUUUAGAUGGGCUUUUAAUUGAUGAAAAGAGAAAUACAUUAGCAGAUUAUUUCAUUGAAAGGUUGUAAAGCGGUUUUUGCUUUGAGAAAAACGCUAAUGAUCAUUAAAAUGUCUAAUUUUCUAUCUUAUCUAUUUAAAUAUUAAAGGAUUCCUCGCUGCAAUAAGAUCUUUUUAUUUAUUUAUUCCUGUGAUUUGCCUUUCUUCCCAACAGCAAGCACUCCCUGAUGACAACUACACCACAGAGGAUCAUGACGUCUUCACCAUCGCUGGGCGGACCUGCAUAGAGGAAGGACACAGCGCUCAGGUGCUCAGUAUUGUCUUGGAUGAGAAGAACCAGGUAAAGCUGAUGAUUCUUUCACCACAAAGACUUGUUCACACUUGAUGGGCUCCAUAACACUUGUCUGUCUCUCUGUCUGUCUGUAGGACAUAGUGAGAUCGAUGGGUUGGAACCUGCUUCCUCCACUGAUCCAGGUCCUUCUGAAGAAAGAAGACAAAAACCUUCCUCAGUGCUUGGCUAUUCUGAACCACCUACUGCAGGUUAGUUUAACCUCAAAGUUAAUGUUAGGAAUAUGUUGAUCUGAUUGUCAGAGUUGAUGAAAUGUUUGGAUGUGAUAAAAUGUCUGAUCCAGUGAUUUAGCUAGCGGUGUGCAGAUGCUGAAUGCCUUGAGUACCGGGGUGAAAUUGUGAAAUUUGGCGCAAAAUCAACACUGCUCAUCACCAAAAGAACACCAUACCUACAGUAAAGAAUGGUCGUUGUAGCAUCAUGCUUUGGGGCUGUUUUUCUUCAGCUGGAACUGGUGCCUUAGUCAGGGUGGAGGGAAUUAUGAACAGUUCCAAAUAUCAGUCAAUGUUGAAAUUUUUAGACCUGCAGACCCAAAGAGCUGCUGAUUGGUCUCUUGGAGCAACUGGAGCAUGAUGACCCCAACACCAUCGCAGAAAGCAUCCAUCUACUGUUGAACCCGCUGCAGAAAGGUAUAAAAUACUUUGUUAAAAAAAACUACUUGAAACACCUAAAAUAUAAAUAUAAUCACAUCUCAAGCCGAGUCAUUUCUGUUUCCCCUGUAAGUGCUGCUGUGCCUGGGCAGUCGCAAGGCAUCCUCACUGGGCAUGACCCUGUCCUCAGUGCUGGACCAGGUAGCCAAACUUCCUCUACCCCAUACUAAGGAGCAAGAGGAGGAUGAUGUCUUCUUGCUUUGCCGCUGCUGCACUGAUUUAACAGAUUUUGUCAGACCCUUUGUGCACGAGGCCAGACUGAACACCUUAAACUGUAACGAGAACACAGAGAACAUGGAAGGUGAACCAGGCAAGGGAAAGGAGGAUGAGCUGCAAACGGAGCUGCUAAAGUUGUGAGUGAAGGAUUUGAAAUGUCUUGACAAAAUACAAGUGAGAAAUGUAAUUGAAGUGUGUGAUUUGUGUUGUGCAGCUGUAUGAAGAGUCUAAAUCACCCCCUGUUGGAGGUACAACUCAGAGAUCCGGACACUCUGGCAGUGUCUCCUCUCAGAAAUUUCGCCACAGAGAUUUUGGUAUAGAAACCAUCCUUUUACUACCACUUAAUAUGUCUAUAAAGAGUGAUAUCUUCAUGAUUUAAAUACAAAAACAAGACUUUAAACUCAGGUUUUUCAUAUUUUCAUUUUGAAUAUGAUCUAAAGUGUGACUCAAUUUCUCCGUCUGUGUUUGUACAGAAAUCCCUCGGUGCGAUUGGAGAGUCCCUCCCUGCUCUUGUGUUUCAGCCUUUGCUUAAGAGAAAACAGGUUCCAGGCUUUUUAGAGGAGGAGGUGCGUUAUCCCAAAGAGUCUUUGGCUAGCCUGGCUCACCUGGUUUUUGUCCAUCACCUGACUGCUGAUACAUUCCCCAGUGUUUUCAGGUAAGUUAAGAUAAUCAGUCAAUCCCAUUGAAGUUCUCUGAUGGGCUGUGCUCUCUAAGGGAUUAAUGCUUUUUUGCUUUUUAAAUCCCUGCAAAGUGAAAAAAAAAGAUUCUGUUUUUUCACAGAGCACAUGCUAAAGGUCAAAUGCUCCACAAACUGGGCUGCAGAACACAUGGCAUCUAUCUAAUGCUAUUGGUGUCUAUUUGAAUGAGUAGUUGUACGUCAAUUUAGGACACUCACGGUCACUCGAGUGAAGUUUCCUCUGUUUGCUGAGAAUUUGUGCUGAAUACUCCACAUUAUUUAAGAAAAAUGACACACAAACUUUCCUAUGAUCCUGACAUUUCCACCUCUGGAUGACCUGACAAUAAUGUCUAAAAAUAACAUCUGUAAAUAUAACUGUGGUGUAUUAAAAGGGAGUAAAACCAUAUGUGUGGGGAGGUUCCAAAACCGUUACUCAUAGUGGAUUAUAUUAUUUGAACAACUUCUACUGCGUUUGUUAAAUGUCCAAAUGUGUAUCACAUCUUUGAAUUUUAAAACAGUGAAGAAAACAAACGGUGCCCUCUCCCUCUGCCCUCUUCAGCUCAUCAUCUGUAUGUAGAGAUAAGCUCUGCCAAGAUAAGAGUCAGGUCUACAAAAUCAGACACAAAACAAGAGCAAACUGCACAGGACCGUAAAAUGUUCCAUAUAUGGAUUCGUACUGAAAUAUCAUCAGGACAAUAUUCUCCAUGAUUUAGACCUUGAGUUGUAGGAGACAGUGAUUGAAAUUUUUUGCACAGUUCUUGGUGUCUGUUGUGAAUGAAGUGCCAUCUAAAUGUGUCUUGGAAAAACCCUGCACAAUACUGUGACUGUUAAUCUCUCUGACUCUCUGUAUUACAGCCCCGUGUUCAUUCUGCGGUCAAACAUGGAGCACAUUAACCUUCUUCUGUCAAAGUGAGUAGACGACACAGUUUACAAUGCAACUUAAUGGUACUCAAGAUAAAGUCAGAGUGAAAAAGUGAAUUAGUUUACCAUUGAUCUUGUUUAGUCCAUAUGUAUUUUGUAUUUUAACAUGAUGUAAUCCAAGCAAAUGGGCCUUAUGUCUUUCUUUUCUUAUAUAUUAUACAAGUGUUUCUAUUAAAUGCUUCAGGAUUUCUGAAAAUUUAAAAUUUGGAAUGGAAAAAGUUUAGAAAAAUUUCUAAACCUUAGUUGACAGUCAAGAAUAUGUUUACAUUUUAAAACACAAAGUCAAAUUUAUAACACAGUCAAACGAAAUAUUUUUAUCAAUUUGUAAUUUUUUAUGAUAUCUUUAUGAUUAUAUUAAUGAAAUAGACUGAAAUGACAAGCAUCGCAGAAAGUGCUCUGUCCACAAGGGGCACAAAUAUCUCUUUGCAGGAGCUUUAAAUUGAUACUUGAAAAUUACAGACUUGUAUUCACAGGUUCAUGUUUGUGUUCUUGCUGUUUUUAAGCUGAGCUGCAUUAAUUGAAACCUGACUGUCAUUUUAUUGACAGAACUGAUGAGUCAAGGAUACAGAAAGGACUGGUGAGUCAAAUUAAAACAUUGAAUUCAAAACAACUUUGAAAAGAUUAUGCUUAAGUGAGGGCAGCUCUACAAAAUCAGCAAAUGUAGCUUGUGACGUCCAAAGCUUUUCUUGCUGUAAUGAAAAACUGGCUUGUAGAAAUGUAUGGGUUCACUUUUAAAGCUUGUUGAAUUUCUUUGGAAACAUAGCAGCUCAUAAACAUUUUUUUUGCUCUGACUGAGAGUCCUCAGAUGUCACAUCUGUGAUUUUAUUUCUGUUUCACGGUCAAACAGGAGUUGUAUGAAAAGAGUCUGGUGCGUGUGGAGAAUAACAGCUUGCCUGCAGAUCUGCUAGAGAUCAAAACCUUACUCACGGUCCCACAGGUGAGCCGUUAUUUUUUAUUUUUAGUUUGCUGUGUUUCUGUUGGAGUGGAGAUGAAUUAAUCUGUAUUUUAUGUCACACUUCACUCUGAUUGUGGCUUUGUCCUUCCAGAAUCUGGUCAAGGUGAUGACGAUGUGUCCACAGCAUGAUUUGGUAAGAAUAAAAUGGACACUUUAUUUCACUUUUCCUGGGAAUUAUGUUACGCUAGCUUUGUAAGCUGUCUGUCACAGCUUUUGUAAUAAAUCUGUGGGUAAUGGACUGUUUGUGCUUCUUCUAUUAUGUCAGCUUUGAUUCACGUUUUUCAGAUGUAUUCUUAAUUCUCAUAUUUUCGUCUUUUUAACAGAGAACCAGAGGGCUGAAGAUUUUCCAGUUGAGCAUCGAUAAGUUUGAUACAGAAGCCAAGUACAAUUUUUUACAGUGAGCUCCACAUUUAACUCCUUAAAAUCAUCAGAACUUUGUCUCCGAUCCACCCUUUAGCAUAUUGACCUUUACUCAUGGUCAUGUUUUAGGUACAUGCUGAACGUCAGUCAUCACUCAGGAGUCGAAGGCUACAUCAUCAAAAACAUCAAGAAUCAGAUCGACCACGCACUGCAGGUGAGAGGGCACCUUGAAUUUUUACCUGACUCAGCUCAAUUGAACUUUGGUUUGAUGCAGCUACAACUACGUCCGUGUCUGUGCAGAGCGUGCAUUUCUAAAAUUGUCCCUCUUUGUGCCUUUAGCCAGGUAACAGCAACAUCUGGUUUGAGGGAGUCCACCUGCUGCCUCUGCUGCGCAAAGUCUUCAGUCUGCCAGACGGCCCAGAGACCGACCUCCUGCAGUAUCUGGACCGGUCAGGACACACGUCACAUCCAUAGUAGCUUAUGUCUAUACCCCAUUCAUUAGCUACAGGGUGUAGGGUACUUGAACCCAGCAUGCAUAGAGGGAGAAGAGGGUACAUGUAUAUGCUGUUAAAUAUUGAAAAAUUAGGGGUGCUGUGCUUCAGUCCUGGUCACAAGAUUGACUCACCAUACCGGCAUUAUUUGGUGCAUUUCUGCAGAUGGUGCACUCUGCCCCCCCCUUCCCCACAUUUCAUAUCUCACUGCUUUUAUUAGAGCUGGACCCAUCAUAUAAAAAAACAUCAACCUCAGUCACUUCUUUCAUUUUGUGAACAGAAUCAUGGAGUCCCUGAACCUGCUGCGUUACCUCAUCAUCAGAGACAAAGUGACAGAGAACCAGGUCAGUUUCUCAGUGACACUGCGUAGAGAUUUGACUGUUUUCACUGUGAAUUAGUUACAUCCCGCCUUUCUGAUUCUGUGAGUACCAUCAGUAGAUGCUGUUCCUGCUGUAUCUCACCGUAGCUUUUCUGUUUUUGUUCUGAUCUCACAGACCGGGAUCUGGACAGAGCUGUAUAAAAUAGAAGAUAAAUUCAUCAAGCCCCUGCGUGUCGGUGUGAACAUGUCAAGAGCUCACUAUGAGAGGGAGCUGCACAAUACCAUGGAAAUCAAGAAGAACAAGGUCAAAGGUCAGGCCAGCACUCUCAGAUUUAGAAAGUAAGAGAUUUGAUUUAGCAGAUGUUUGGAGGACUCUAGAAAAUCACAUUUGGAGGUAAAUCUGGUUGUGAUAAGGAGAGAAAACAACCCACUAGUCAUGUUGUAAAGUACAGUUGUGUAUUGACAUUAUGAAUGUGUGUUUUCCACAGAAAACUCAGUGCUGUCUGUGAGUGUUGGUGGUGAAGAGCUGCCAAACAUGACAUCAGAGUCCCAGAUUGAGGUCAGCCACUGUUUCAUUUUCAUAAAACAAUGAAAUGGGAUUUUGCAGCUCUGACCUGAUUGAACGUGUAAUGUGUCCUUUCAGGCUCUGCACUCAGCCCUGCACACAUUCGACAUGAUCGAGAGUGUAUUAGUGCGAGUAGAGGAGCUCGCCGAGGUGAAGGAAACUCUUUAGGCUGAGAGCUCCACAAGCAGAGAUCUUCAUCACCUCAGGGGGCGACAAAGAAACUGAGCCUUUAACCGUCGAUGUACAGUAUGUUGUUGAAGUUAAAGCAGAUGUUAUGGAUGAGUCAUCGGACAUAAAACGAUGGACUUUGAAAUGUUGCAGUGUUUGUAAUACUCACAAUGACUGGACAGUUUGUAUCUCUUCUGUAAUAAAUGUUGAUUUUUGUACACUCAGUUUGAAUACAAGAUUGUACUGUUUGCUUUGAUACGUUUUAUACUCUUAAAAAAAAAGUUGUAAUUUUGUAAAUUUAAAAGGGCCACCUGGUGUGUAAUGAGAAUACUGCAAAUGUUAAUUUAGAGUACAAAGUCCACAAAGACAACUAAAAACUUUUGUCAGAGAACAGUAAGAAAAUAGAACUGUAUUAUAGUUUCAUCGUUGAUUAAAAUAUGUUUACUUUUUAUACACAGAAACAAA